AUGUGGAAGGGGACGCUCUUCCUCCACUACAAGCGACUCCAGAAGGGCUUUAUCUUCUUCUCCACGGUGGCUUCGCUCACUGGGUCGGACAACCGCUGGCGCAUUUGGGAGUGGAUUUCAGUGCAAGGCCACGAGGUCCUUAUCUUCCUAUUCUACGCGGUCUUGGGAUACAUCUGCAGGUGUCAACAAUUCCGCUUCAGUGAGCUGGAAAACCUGGAAAUUGCCAUUGACGAGGGCAAUGAAAGGCAAAAUACAGUGGCGGAGAAUGCUUCGGGUGACCCUGUGAGCAGCUCGAGUAUCAUUCCGGUGAUU